AUUUUUGCCACCUUCCACUUUUCUACAUCAUUUGUAGAAUUCAAAAUAUUGAGGAUGAUUGCUUCUUAUGUGGUGAAGCUGUUAAUGUUAAUUGAGGUCCUAAUGAGUGGAGCUAGGCUUCAUGUCGAUGCUCUAUCCAUGGGUUAUUAUGAUAUGAGCUGUCCUAUCGCAGAGCCGAUUGUUAGGGAUGUUGUGGAUCAAGCUCUGCGUCAGGAUCCUACUCUGGCUGCAGGACUACUGAGAAUGCACUUCCAUGACUGUUUCAUCCAGGGAUGUGAUGGAUCAGUUCUUAUUGAUUCUACAAGGGAUAGCACAGCAGAGAAGGACUCUCCUGCAAACCUAAGUUUACGUGGCUACGAGAUCAUCGAUCAAGCCAAGCAAAUGAUUGAGGAUCAAUGCCCUGGAGUUGUUUCAUGUGCUGAUAUCCUCGCACUUGCAGCUAGAGAUGCAGUUUUUUUUUCUGGAGGUCCCUUUUAUGAUAUACCCCAAGGAAGAAUGGAUGGGAGCAGGUCCAAAAUAGAGGACACCAUCAACUUGCCGGCACCAACCUUAAACACCACAGCUCUUAUCAAGAUGUUUGGUCAGCAUGGAUUUAACAUUGAGGAGCUUGUGGUCUUAUCUGGGGCUCACACUCUGGGUGCAGCAAGGUGCUCAUCAUUCAAGCACCGGCUGAGCAACUUCGACUCAACUCAUGAUGUUGAUCCAAACUUAGAUUCAAAUUUCGCAAAGUCGAUGUCAAGAACAUGCAGCCAAGGAGACAAUACACCGAUGCCUCUCGAUCCAACAAGGAACUCAUUCGACAAUGCCUAUUUCAAUGCACUGCAAAGGAGAAUGGGACUGCUGUUCUCUGAUCAGUCCUUGUUUGCAGACCCGCAAACACGACGCUUUGUCAAUGCUUUUGCUAUGAAUCAAGCCAUGUUCUUCUUCAAUUUUCAGCAGGCAAUGGUCAAGAUGGGUUUGCUUGAUGUUAAGGAAGGGGAUGAAGGAGAGAUCAGGCUAGAUUGCCGCAAAGUAAACUAAUGGUUGUUUGUUUCACUUGUUCUAGUUUGAAGCAAAUCUAUGUAAUCUUAUCUUUAUGUCUAUACGAAUAAAAUGGAGAUAUAAUGUUAUAUUGUAUUAUAGUAUCAAGUGAUGACCAAUGCAAAAACAUGGCCAGAACAAGAUAAAAAUGAUGGUUAGAGAGAUUGCAUCUUAAUCAAAAGUCUUCGGGUGUACUUCUAAUUU